AUGCAGGCAAUGCCAGAUACACGACAGCAGUCGUUUGACGAGAUCUACGGACCUCCUGAGAACUUCCUUGAGAUUGAGGUCCGCAACCCCCGAACCCAUGGCAUGGGCCGUAGCAUGUACACCGAUUACGAGAUCGUUUGCCGCACCAAUAUUCCAGCUUUCAAACUCCGUGCCUCAAGCGUGCGCCGUCGCUACUCCGACUUUGAGUAUUUCCGCGACAUUCUAGAGCGAGAGAGUGCUCGCGUCACUAUACCCCCUCUUCCUGGCAAGGUGUUCACCAAUCGCUUCAGUGACGACGUCAUCGAGGGACGCCGUGCUGGCCUUGAGAAGUUCCUGCGCAUAGUUGUCGGUCACCCGCUUCUGCAGACGGGCAGCAAAGUUCUGGCUGCCUUUGUACAAGACCCGAAUUGGGAUCGUAAUGCGUGGUGA